UCAAAAAGAACUACUAGAAGGAUAAGAAUCUAUGUAGUCAACCAUACAUAGAUGGGUUUAUAUUGCUCCUAAAAAAGUUUGGUAGAUUUAUCUCUCUAACAUUAACAUUUUCAAUCCAAACAUUAGUGUACUAUAAUUUCUCCUUUAAUCUAAUCUAACUAGAGGGUUUAUUGAGUUGUUAUGUUUUGCUAUUUAUUUAUUUGUGUAGGGAUAAGGCUAAAACCGGGUUGUUGUUGCUGCUAUAGUAUUGGUUAGAACUCAAAACUAACCACAAGAUCAUCCAGUUGAUGGCGUCAUGUCCGAAACUGAGGAUAAAGUAGGGAACAAAUCUAAAGUGGUUUUGGAAAAAAUGUUUUUGACUAUUUUGGGAGUGAGUUUAUUAGUUAGUUUCUAACAGUGCAUCCCUGUUGAUUAGGAAGAGAGGAAGAAAGAAACCAAAACUGUUUAAUAUAUUAGUAGGGGUAGGAGGAAAUCAAAUCAAAAUUGAAGUCAUUUUCAUGAGAAUAUCUCUUUGCAACCAUUGAAGAUUCAAUUUCUAUUCAUUUUUUUUUUCCUGAUUCGUGAAGGGAGAUUUAGGGUUUCGAAGGUUAUUUCAAUACCUAUUGCAUUAGGAGGAGAAGGGUUUUGAACGAAUUUUUCAGCAGAUUCUGUGGAGGUAACUGAAACUUUUUAAUGGCUUCAGCUGCUAUAUUCUCGUCUUUGCGAAGACGAAGAUCGCCUUCUUUAGAGGGUUUUCUGGCGUCAGUUCAUCUCAACGAUGUCGCACUUCUUCAGACCCUCGUUGCUGUAGGUAAUGAGCUGAUCUUGUCCAAUUCGAAUCGUUCGUUGCCUUUUCAACGCAGGAAUUCCCGAUCUCUGAUUUGGAUGAUACAGAAUUUUGUGGUGCUAUUUGAGAUUCUUAGAGAGACUGGCUCUAAACUCCCUUCCACUGCCGUUCUUUGCUUCAAGGAGCUUUAUCUCCUCAUGUAUCGAUCUAAGAUUCUUAUAGGUUAUUGCUCUCAGUCAAGCAGGUUAUGGCUCCUUCUUCAGAACUGUUCGAUUUCUGGUCAUUUCCACGAUCUCAACCAGGAGAUCUCCACUCUUCUUGACAUCUUCCCCUUGAAAGAGCUUGAGCUACCUCUGGACAUCAGAGAGCAGAUUGAGCUUAUGCAAAGGCAAUCAAGGAAAGCCAAGUUAUUCAUUGAACAACGGGAUGAGAUGCUGAGGCUCCGGCUGUUCUUCUUUCUUGAUCAAUUUGAACGGGGACAAAUUCCUGAUCAAUUGGAGCUACGGAGGCUUUUUGUUGACAGGUUGGGAAUUCGAGAUGCAAAAACUUGUAGAGCUGAAAUUGAAUCCCUUGAAGAGCAGAUGUAUAAUCAUGGAGGAGAUAUUGAACCGACUGUCUCGGUACUCAAUGGUUUUGUCGCCCUUACAAGGUAUUGCAGAUUUUUGCUUUUUGGAUUCGAGGAAGAAGAAAUGGGAUCUCGGAACCACAAGAAACCGAGAAAGGGUCUAAUUUCUUUAGAUAAUGGUGAAGCGAAUGUUUCAAUUCCAAAGGAUUUUGUUUGCCCGAUCUCUUUGGACUUGAUGCGAGACCCAGUCAUAAUCUCAACGGGACAGACCUAUGAACGAUCUUCCAUAGCCCAGUGGAUGGUAGAAGGUCAUCGCACCUGUCCAAAAACAGGACAGAUGCUUGAUCAUACCCGUCUUGUGCCAAAUCGAGCUCUCCGAAGUCUGAUCUCUCAGUGGUGCUCCACACAUGGAAUCCGUUUUGACCCGCCUGAUGGUACAAAUACGCCAAUGGAAACAAUUGCAUUGGCUGCAGCUUCCAAGGCUACAACCAAAGCUAACACAGUCACAGCUGAGCUUCUCAUUCGACAGUUAUCAAACGGGUCAGACGGGGCAAAAACGGUAGCCGUGCGUGAGCUGCGGUUGCUAGCAAAAACUGGAAAAGAGAACCGCGCUUGCAUUGCAGAAGCAGGGGCGAUCCCUCUUCUUCAGCUGCUACUUCCAUCACAGAACCCAGUUGCACAAGAGAAUGCUGUGACCGCACUUCUCAAUCUAUCAAUCCACGACAAGAAUAAGAGCCGGAUAAUUGAGGAAGCAGGAUGUUUGGGAUCAAUUGUCGAAGUUCUGAGAUUUGGGCACACAACAGAGGCUAGGGAAAAUGCUGCAGCAACACUCUUCAGCCUGUCUGCGGUUCAUGACUACAAGAAGAGAAUAACAGAUGAAGAAGGGGCUGUUGAGACCUUGGCUGGACUGUUGAGAGAGGGAAGCCUAAGGGGGAAGAAGGAUGCUGUAACUGCUCUAUUUAAUUUGUCUACUCAUAUGGACAAUUGCAAGAAAAUGAUAGAGUCGGGAGCGAUGACAGCCCUGGUGGAGGCACUGGGAACUGAGGGAACGGCAGAGGAGGCGGCUGGUGCAUUGGCAUUGCUUGUUAGACAGCCAAUUGGGGCUGAAGCAGUUGGGAAGGAGGAAAUGGCCGUGGCUGGGUUAAUUGGUAUGAUGCGACGGGGUACUCCUAGGGGGAAAGAGAAUGCCGUCGUGGCACUGCUUGAAUUAUGCCGGAGUGGUGGGGCUGCUGCCACGGAAAGGGUUGUUAGGGCCCCAGCAUUGGGAAGCUUACUCCAGGCUUUGCUCUUUACGGGUACAAAGCGGGCAAGACGGAAAGCAGCAUCACUAGCUAGAGUUUGCCAGAGGUGUCAAACUGCUGCAGCCUUGCCUAUUGGAGGAUGGGGAGCAGGCUAUGGAUUUUCUAGCAGCUCAAUGAUGGACCGGGGUUCAAGUUUCACCAGGGAUGUGUCUGUGCCGGUAUCAUAGUUGCACCCUUGUGCUAGUAACUUCCCUGUUUCCUUUUUCUUAAUUGUUGUUGUUACAUAUUCUUUCAUUGAUAUAUUAAGUUCAGAUGAAGAAAAUAGUAAAGGAAUACAAUACAUGAUUUAGAUGUAGCUAAUUUCAUAUCCGGAGAGUUGGGGAAGCAGAUAGCAAGUAACUCUAUAUGUAACAUAUUGUCUUAAUCAUUGGGAGGAAGAAAUUUCAGGGGAUUGUUUUCCCUUGCUGUUUCACUCAAGAUGAUGUGAAUAUCAUAAUAUGUAAAUGAAACGUUUUUGCAGUUGGUUUGAUUUUAAGAAAACUCUUGAGAGUAA